AUGGGGGAUGCCGCGCUGCUCGACAGCACUGAAGAUGCGCAGGCUACGGUGGCGCAGAGAGUGGGUGAAAUAUCCAGAGGAUCUUGGCAGGCGCGCUGGCGGCUGUUUUUGGCGAGUCCAAAGUUGGACGGCCCAUGCCAGGCCGGGAGAUUGGAAAAUGGGCGGUUGUGCGAAGCAUCCACACCCUGGGCCAAGCGGGGGGUCAGGGACUUUCAGGCGCUGGCGGAGGUCAGCGAGGUCGCAUGGAAUUGGUGCCCGAAGAGGCACUACGGGAAUCUGGCCAGGGAGAAAGGCGAUAGGCGCAAGCUGGGGCCGCCGGGCACGCGCGCGGGAAUGGCGCCCAUGGAAGGAGUCCAGGAGACAGCGUCGGAAUGGCAGAAGGAGGACGAAUCGACAGUGCCAGUAUCAAUGGACAGGGCAAUGGACACCCCGCGCGGCUGCCUGAAGCCGAUGGAGGACGACAGCGAGCGCCGCCAGGCAAUGAUCGCAGGGGCCGUCAAGAUGCGCGAGGUUAGCGAGAGCUACGCGGCGCGCAACAGCAAGAGCAGGGAACCGAACGAGGACGAGCAGGAGUUCUGGAAGGAGGGUUCGGGCAAGGCGCGAGGCUGGGUGGCCCAGGCGGAUUUCGAGGACCUCGACGGUGGAGACGAGGACCUUUGGGAGGCGCUGGAGGCCGUCGCGCCCGCGCCCGAGGUGGACGGGCCCGUGCCGAUCGACCCGUUGGCGGUGGCCCAGGGCGAAUGCUACUGCAGCACGGGCAGCACAGCAGGCGGCCUUGAGCAGUGCCGGUUCGCGUGGCGGGCGCUGCGGGUCUCCAGCGCAGUGCCGCCGCGGCGCUUCGCGAAGGCCGAGUUCCUUGUCCGCGACGACGGCUACUGGGACUGGUGGGCCAGCCAGCCUGGGCAGCCGAGCGCGGUGGCAGAACGCCCGCUCAUCCACGUGUGCUCGGGGAACCCGUGCUCAGUCGUGGAGGGGCCGGGGACGUGCACCGAGCUGGUCCACAUGGCGGACGGGGAGGAGCUCGGCCUCGCGGACCUGCGGGCGCUGUUCGUCGAGUGCCAGGAGGCGCGCCCGGAGGCGGCUUGGCCUGGAGCAUGCCUCGGGCCGCUGGUCGCCGCCGCCGCCCCCGCGAGGCCUGCUGCGGUGGCCAAAGCGACGGGUCGCCCGCCAGCCGCAGCAGGUCCUCCCAGGGCCCCGCCCGGCGCUGCCCUCUUCGACGACUUGCGAAGCAUAGGUGGCUCGUCGCGCGGCCCAGGCUCAGAGCUGGCCGCAGACGAGGAGGCAGCUGCCGCGGGCGGCCUGGGGGGCAAGCUCGCAGGGGCUCGUGUGCGCCUCGAGGAAGGGAAGCGGGCUGCUGAGGACGUCAGCUUGAGCGGUUUCCCCCUCGGCGCAGAGGCGGCUGGCAAGGAGCCUGUGAAGAAGCGGUCGCUCGGGGACCUGCUGGUCGAGCGCGCCGCGAAGCUCACGAGGGCCGCCUCGGACGCGGGCCCCCAGGGGUCAGGGGGCCCCGUGCCCGAGCGGGCGCCGCCAGGGGCUGGUCUGAGCGGCGGCGCGGCGGAGCUGGCGCAGGCGGUCGUGAAGGCCAUCCGCGAGGGCAAGGAGGCCCCCCCUGGCGGCAGCGGCGGGGACGGCCUCGGCUCCCUGGACCCCGCGGCGGUGCCGCGCGACCUGGCCACGAGGAGGGCCUUCUGUCGUCGGAUGGCCGCCGCCUCCACGGGCCGCCUCACGGAGCUGAGCCUGCAGCAGAUGGCGGACUUCCUGGACUCGCAGGAGAUCGGCGUGCAGACGCACCGUGUGCUCCGCACCCUCGCGGAGGCGGUGGACCUGCUGAUGCAGGGGAAGGUGGCCCACGCCUGCGACCUGAUCGUCCAGCGCCUAAAGGCGCUGCAGGUGGCAACGACGGACGGCUCGUGGACGGCGGCGAGGUGGUUGGCACUGAUCCCGCCGCGCAACGAUCCCACGGCCAUCUGCAGCGAGGAGGAGGAGCUCAUCCGCAGCAUCCAGCUCGGCGGGAUGAGGUUGGACGAGCUCUCCGCGCGCCUGGCCUCCGCCAAGACGCUGGGAUGGGGCGGGGGCCCGACGGGGGCGCGCCCGCCGCUGGCGCCUCCGUCUGUUGGCCAGGGGUCGGCAGCCCCACCGCCGUGGAAGAUGUCCUUCGCGGAGAUGCGGAAGGAAUUCCCGAAGCAGCCAGUGGAGACGAACACCCUGCACCGCCUGCGAGCCUUCAAAGCUCGCGCGGCGGGCGUCGCGGAGCCCCCGCUGGCCACCGCGCUGCAGUGCUGGGCCGACGAGCUCUCCCUCGGCUUCGGCAAGAGCAUCGUCGCGGUCGACCUGGCGGCGCAGCUGGCAGCAGCAGUACGACGCCACCCAGGCAGCCUUGGCCACUUCGCUCGGUCGUUCAGCAUGCGUGCGGACACAUUUUGUGGGAGCGGAGGGUCGUCGAACAGGAGGGUUCGGGACGCCCUGCCGCUGCCCCUUCCGUCGACCGAGGAGGUGGGCCGCUGGCUGACCCACAGUGCCUUGCCCAAGGCACGCAGGUGCCGCCGCCGCGCCGUGGCGCGGGAGGUCAGCGAGCAGGCGUGGCUGCACCUCAGCGUGGUGGCGCUCAACUAUGCGUUCUGCGGCCGCUCGCAGGAAGGCUGGCGCCACAGGCUGACCCUGUCGAAGGCGCAGACGCGGGUCUACGUGCAUUUGAAGGGCCGAGCGGCGGCCUUGGCGGAGGACCCGCUCGCCAUGGUCGUGGUCCCUGCGAUCGACGAGCUGGCGGGCGGCUGCGAGUCAGCGUACGAGGGCGAGACAGGCGUGAAGGCCCUCCCCUGCCGGCUCUGCGAGCUGGCCCCUGGCCUGCCCACGCGGGAGUGCGCUGCCACGCUCGACGCGACCGACUUCGUUGGCGCCGAGGUCGGCGCCUGGCUGCGCCGCCCCGAGCUGGCGCUCCUCGACCGGUCCGACUGGCCCGACCCGUCGCCGCGGGCCCGCGUGAACGUGGAGACGGAGGCGGACUGGGAGGAGCUGGUGCUGCACCUCGUGUCGCUCAGCAUCUUCACCACGCUCGCGGAGAGCGAGCUGGUCCGCGUGCUGGGCGAGCCCGUGCUGAUCGGCCUGUUCGCGGUGGAGAAGAAGGGCACCCCAGCGCCUGGUGCCACGCGGGUCACCAGGCUCAUCCCCGACAUGGUGCCAGGCAACUCGCUCCUGAAGGCCCACGUGGGCGAGGCGGCGCUGCUCGCGGCCUCGGCGUCCUGGACGGCGGUCGUGAUCCCCGACGGGAAGCUGCUGCUGUGGUCGGGCGACGACCAGAAGGGGGCCUUCUUCGUGUGGCGGGUCUCGCCCGCGUGGCACCCCUACAUGGCCGUGGGGCGGCCGCUCGCGGGCGAGCUGUUUGGCCGCUCGGAGCCCGUCGUCUACGUGACCUCGGCUGUCAUCGCCAUGGGCUGGUCGCUUGCGGUGCCCGUCUUCCAGCACAUUCACCGACGGCUGUGCCGCCUGGCGCCGCCCCUCGGGGCGGGGCUUCCCCUAGACGGGGAGUGGCGCAGGGAUUGCGCGCGGCCCCUGGUCGGGGCUGGCAGCGGCCAGGACGCUGGCUGGUGGCAGGGCCACAUCGACGACUUCGAUGCGCCGGAGAUCGUCGAGGAGGUUUUGGCCUGCAAGCUCGUAGGGGCCCCGAGCGACCUCCAGCUGCAGGUCCGCGCCAGCUGCGAGAGGGCGAGCGCCUCCUUCUCGGCCGAGAAGGCGCACUGCAGGCAGCUGAGGGUCAAGCGCAUGGGCGCGGACGUCGACGGCGUCGGCGGGCGCCUCGCGGCCCCCGCCUCCAAGGCGCUGGCCACUGCGGGCCUUUGCUUGGCCGCGGUGCCGCGGCGCCUGGUCCCGUGGCGCGUUGCCAUGGCGGCCCUCGGCAUGCUCGCGAGGGUCCUCGAGUUCAGGCGGCCGCUCUUCGGGGUCCUGAACUCCGUCUGGGCGCUGGCUGCGUCCUCAGCGCAGGAGGCUUACCUGGACGCGGAGAUGGUGGAGGAUCUCCUCAUGGGCGUGAUGGUCCUGCCGCUGGCCGCCUCCUCGCUGCGGGCGCGCAUCGACGGCAUGGUCACGUCCUCGGACGCGUUGGAGAUGGGCGGCGGCGUGUGCACGUCGGCCGGCCUGCGCGAGGAUGUCGCCGCCGCCUUGCAGGUGCCGAGGACGGUCCCCGACCAGCUGGGGAUAGGGGCCAGGCUCCUCGACAUGGCCGAGGAUCCCGCCCGACCGUGGGCGGCAGCCAACCCACGCGCCCCCGCCAGGGCAGUCCGCAGGGUGUUGUCGGUGCUGCUCAUCGGCCUGUUCGACGGCAUCGGAGGCCUCGCCGUCGCCUUCUCGAGGCUGCCCUUCCGCAUCGCGGCCUACGUCGCGGCCGAGACGGACGCCAAGGCGAGGCGCGUUGUCAGGCUCCGCUGGCCAGGUGUCAUCGGCUGGGGCGACGUCACCCGCGUGGGCAGCGAGACGGUGCGGGACCUGUUCGAGGGGUUCGGCGGCCUCGUCGACCCCGUGGCGGUCGCUGCGGGCAGCCCCUGCCAUCACCUGUCACGCCUCGACGUCGGCGGGCGCGGCCUCAGCGGUAGGGAGUCCUCGCUGUUCCACGAGGUGCCGCGCAUCCUGGCUCUCCUCGCCGCCGUCUUCAGGGACAAGCUCGUUUGGUUCGUAGAGAACAUGGCCAGCAUGUCCAGCGUCAACGUGGAGCUGAUCUCGGAGGCGCUGCAGGUGAGACCGACGCUGGUGUGCUCGUCGGUGUUCGUGCCGUGCCGCAGGCCGCGCCUGUUCUGGACGAGCUGGGGCGUCACCUCAUCGGCGCCUCUUCGGCUGACCGACCGCGGGGUCUACGCCGAGCUGGUGGGCCCUGGCGUCCCGCUUAUGGACGUCGCGUGGGAGGGCGAGGGCGGCUCUUGGCCAGGGAGACCGAGGUGCACCUCCCUAGCCACCCAGGGCUCGAACCCUCAGGGCGCCUUCGACGCCAGGGCCUUCCUCCUCGGCAACAGCUUCAGUAUUCACGACGUGGCAUGGUUGUGCCAGCAACUCCUGCACCGCCGCGGCGCGCUGGACAGGGAGCUGUCGAUAGAAGAGGUGCCCCCCGUCCGCGAGUGCCAGGCGACGCGGGGCCAGGCGGGGGCCUUCGUCACGGAGCCAGGGGAGCCGGGCACCGCGGAGGCGAGGCAGCUGGUCCUGCACUACCUCAGCCGCACGGAGAAGGGCGGGUCGGACGUCAGGCUGGACUACGGCGUCCCCUACCGCCCGCGAGGUUGGCUGAGGACGAGCCUGGACCCGUUUGUGUGGAAGUGGCGCGUGGUGGUCAGCAUGGCGUGGCCCGGGCGGAACUCCACCCACAUAAACGUGAGAGAGCUGCAGGCGGCCACGUCGGCGAUCAGGUGGCGCGCCCCCAAGGUCGUGCAGCACGGGAGCAGGUUCUUGCACCUCGUCGACAGCCAGGUGGUCGCGGCCAUCGUGACGAGGGGCCGCAGCAGCAGCAGGAAGCUCCAGCCCAUCCUGAUGCGCCGGAUGGCCGUCGUCGUGGCGGCCGACAUGUACCCACUGAUCGGCUACGUGGUCUCGGAGGACAACCCCGCGUGGCUCGGAGCCCAGGAGGCGAGGGCGACCCGUGCCUCGCGCGCGGCCGUUCACCGCAGGCCCGUGCCCGUGAGGACGCCGACGCCCUCGUCGCGGAGUACCUCGGACCUGCGGGCCUCUGGUGCGGGCAGCGCGGCCGCCAGCAACACGCUGGCAGAGGUGCGCUUCGCAACGCCUCGCCUGAGGCGACACCCUGGCCUGAGCGGGACUCUCCUCAGGGCAUGGAGGCAGCAUGGGCCAGCGCCCAGGGUGCUGCUGCUCACGACCCAGGCCGUCGCGGCCAUGGCGGGGAUCGCUUGCGCUGCAGGCGCUCUCGACGCGGCCGCCCUGACGGUGAGCGACAUCGUCGACCGCGACAUCGUCGACGAGCUGUUCGUGGUCCGCGUCAGCUCGUCCAAGACCGCGGACUGCGCGGAGGCAGUCAUCGUCCGCGGCAGGAUGGCCGCGGUGCUCCUGCGGAUGGCAGGCCGCGGCCUUGGUGCAGGUGCGCGGCUCUCCACCGCACGCCUGCGCAUCGAGGGCGCGGUGGCCAGCUCAGUGCCCGCCAGCCCGGGAGCAGGGCAGCCCGCGCCGUUGCGCGAGGACUGCGGCUCCUGCAGCUGGCCACUGUAA